AUGCUUCGCCACCUCUUUGUACUCCCAUCAAACAACGCCGUCGGCGCACUCCGCGUGCCCCCAGAACAAGGGGAUAAUGCGUCGACCUAUCUCUGUGGAAAUUCUCUAGGUGCAUUACCCAAGCGUUCGGCCGAACUAGUCAGUGAAGAACUUUCCGUCUGGGGCUCCAGGGCUGUGGAAGGCCACUUCUCUCACCCCCAUGGUAGAGAGUGGAUGAAUAUAGCCGACCGUGUCACUCCCUACCUAGCUAGGCUACUGGGUGCUCACGAAUCUGAAGUAGCUUGCAUGGGCACCUUGACGGCUAACCUUCAUCUGAUGAUGAAUGUAUUUUACAAGCCAUCAUCCACGCGGUAUAAGAUCUUAUGUGAAGGACGUGCCUUCCCUUCCGAUCAAUACGCGUUCGCUUCUCAAGCACUACUUCAUGGCUUCGAGCCUCAAGAUGCGAUAAUUGAACUCUCGCCUAGGCCAGGAGAGUUUGUCUUGAGAGAAGAAGAUAUCCUGCAAUGUAUUCGAGAACAAGGCACAUCCAUUGCCCUUGUCUUGUUCAGCGGGGUGCAAUAUUACACCGGCCAGUGGUUUCCCAUGCAAUCCAUUACACGGGCUGCCAAAGAACAGGGAUGUAUAUGUGGAUUCGACCUUGCACACGCCGUAGGAAACGUGCCUCUCUCGUUACAUGACUGGGGAGUAGAUUUUGCAGUCUGGUGCUCCUACAAAUACCUCAAUUCUGGGCCGGGAGGGAUCGCAGGCUUGUACAUGCAUGACAGAUGGGACGACAUAGUACUGCCGAAGCUCGCGGGAUGGUGGGGUCAUGAUCCUGCCACAAGGUUCCAGAUGCCUCCAACCUUUUCACCGAUCCGAGGGGCACAGGGCUUUCAGCAAUCCAAUCCUUCGGUUCUGGCAACCGUCUCUCUACUAGGGUCUUUGCAAGUCUUCGAGGAAGCCGGAUUGAUGGGCCCCAUUCGAGCCAAAUCUCUCGAAUUAACGGGACUCCUCGAAAGCAAGCUCCGACAAUCCAAAUGGUACGUUCCGACGGAGAACGUAGCAGAACUGUAUCCCGAUGCGAAUACCCGGUUGUUACCCGAAGGAGAGAGGGUUCCGACGGUGGGGAAACCUGGUUUCACCAUAAUCACACCUUCCGAGCCGGAAAGCAGAGGUGCUCAAUUGUCACUGUUAUUCCUACCAACCGGAGCGGGAAUUAUGCAGAAGGUCUUCGACGAGUUGAAGAGUUAUGGAGUGGUGGGAGACGAGCGAAAGCCAGACGUUAUACGAUUGGCACCCGCGCCUUUGUACAACACGGCAGAUGACUGCGAACGCGCCGCUGCUGUCAUGGAGACUGUAUUCAACUCCCUGUAUGCUUGAGAAAGGAGAUAGAAGGAUAAUGAAUGUAUUUUAGCCCGCCCACGCUUGCGUUAAUUGGUCGACUGCUGUCCUCGUA